ACGCGGCUUAGAACGAUGUUUAACUCGGUCAAUCUGGGCAACUUCUGCUCCCAGACGCGAAAAGAGAGAAGUUCCGAGUUCGGGGAGCGGGCGGGCUGCGCCUCCAAUCUCUACCUCCCCAGCUGCACCUAUUACGUUCCCGAGUUUUCUGCGGUCUCCUCGUUUCUGCCGCAGGCCCAUUCGCGCCAGAUCACCUACCCCUAUUCCACGAACCUCUCACAAGUCCAGCCUGUUCGAGACGUAUCGUACGGGCUGGAUCCGCCAGGGAAGUGGCACCACAGAGGGAACUAUGCAUCCUGCUACACGGGGGAGGACCUGGUGCACAGGGAGUGCCUUCCGCCAUCAUCCACCAUGACGGAAAUGUUGAUGAAGAAUGAAAGCGUCUACAACCACCACCAUCACCAUCACCACCACCACCCCGGCUCGAACCACCCGAACGCGGGCUUCUACUCGGGCGCGGGCAAGAACAACGUUCUCCCGCAAGGCUUUGACCGCUUUUUCGAGGGCGUCCACUGCGGACAGGAGGCUGGCUCACUGGAGAACUGUGCGCAGAAAGGCGACACCGGCAAGCCGGAUUCGGCGCCCCCAGCCCUCCGUGGAAGCGGAGCGCCGGAGAAGGAGCAGGACAACGAGGAGGAGAACACGACGUCGGGCUCGUGCGCCUCCUCCACGGGGACAAAAGAGGACAACUCGUGCAAAAACGACCACUCCAGUACCCCACGGACGAGGAAGAAACGAUGUCCGUACACCAAGUUUCAGAUCCGAGAACUUGAGCGAGAGUUCUUCUUUAACGUUUACAUCAACAAAGAGAAGCGGCUGCAGCUCUCCAGAAUGUUAAACCUUACCGACCGACAGGUCAAAAUCUGGUUCCAGAACCGGCGGAUGAAAGAGAAGAAGUUGAGCCGAGACCGCUUGCAGUAUUUUUCGGGUAACCCUCUUUUGUGAACUGUGAAUGGCGGAUGUGUAACUUCCAAAAAAAAAAUUAGAUAAAAACGAGUUGUAAUGAAGCCAGCAGCGAAGCCCCAGCUUUGGAUUGAAGCGCGUGGUUGUUGCACCCAACGAAAGGACUGCGAUGGAAAAAAAAUAGAUUGUAAAUUCAGUACUUUACUUUAUAACGCCGUCAACUUCAAACUUUGGAAUAAGAGAAAAUAUUGGGGUAGAUCGUAAGAAGAAAGCACGCGAAAGCAUAAGGCGCUCAUUUGCAUCAAGUGAAGGGCCUUUUGAAGUUGGGAUGUUGUCAUUUUGUUGCAUA